AUGGCCUCGGCUUCACCUUGCGACGAGCUGCCAACCGAGAUCCUGGCCGCCGCGCUAUCAUGGCUCUCGUCACGGCAGCUGGUGCUCGUCACAUCUGUCAGCCGGCGCUUCCACUCCGUCGCUACGCGUGUCUUGUACCGCCGGCUGAUGGACGUGGCCUCAAUGCCGGAGCAUAAGCUGAUACUUGAAUGCUACCACCCCAGCGCAAAGAUAUCCACGCCAUAUCUGGCGUGUCGCUAUCUUGGAACAAAGACUGCCGGGCUGGGGGCAAUAGACGAUGCCUCGCCGAGACUCGAAGACCUGCCCAAGAUGUACUCAUCUUUCCGGCCCGUGCUGACCGAGGAGAAUCGCCGCCGCAGGUUUCGGCCGGAUUGGCUGCAGCAGUCACUAGCAAUGCAAGGCAGCCAAGGGGCUGGCAGAGACAGUGAGGACGAAUUCGCGGUGCAAGAGGUUUACCUCGAUGAAGGCGAGCUGUUCUCGCAGCUAUGCACCGUCACCAACGUUGUGAAGGAGAGCGCGCGCCCGGGCUUCUACCUGAGCCACGUCAACACUUGCGACGGUGUGAUUCGCAUUUGGAGAGGUUGGCUGGCCGAGCUGGCUGCCUCCAGCACCUUUCGCCCGAUGGAUGACGACUCGCAGCGCUUUGCUGCGUCGUCUUCCGGUGCGUCAAGGAUAGACUCGGACAAAUUCCUUUGGGUCGAUCCGGCAAAGAGCGUUGGGCUACGCUUCAGCAACAAAGUGAUGCCGUCGGAAAGGAUGCCACUCAUAGCCGGCCCCGGCGAUGAUGAGGCAGUCUCAUACUCGCUAGUAUACGAAGAACUUGUGGUGCGCACUACCAUGCUGCUGUUUGCUGUCGAGGCCUCGGAGAUACAAGAAGUGUCCCGAUCAAGCAAAGCAGUCGUGAUCGCUCAGUAUGGCCCUUCGGCAUAG